AUGCUGCUCCGGCUUCUUCUCGUCACUUUUACAUACAGCUUUAGUACUAUACACGCUCACCCGAUCCAAAUUAUUCUGCAACGAGAGCAGGUCAAACGGUCGACCAUCCAAUCACAAAGCCUGUCUGUCGAAGCGAUCGUGGGAGUAAUCGCAGUGGUCGUGGCCAUUUUCGGAAUAGCGCUUCCCUUCAUCUGGCCCCACUUAAGAUCGAGGCUAGAUUCCCGCCGCCAUUCUCGCUCCCGGUACCGCUCCACAACAAACUCGAACGUCCUACUCGCUGAUCACCCAUGGCAGCACGCGAUGCCACGUUCCUCGGUCGAAUCUCAUGCAGCCGCCGGCCUAGGCGAGACUGGAAUCAGCCGACCACAACGCGCGCGAUCCGAUAACUGCGAACAACAGCGUGGGCUGAUACGGCGCACUCUUACGUUUUGA